GUGUCACUAAUCGUGAGCAAAUUCCACCUUCAUUUCAAUAAAGUGAGCUUUGCGUCAGUUCUAAACGUUGAAGUCCAACCGUUUCACAGCUUAGGACAACAAACAUUUUUUUUUCAGGGAUGUAUCAACAAACCGCUCUAUUCGUCGCUAUCUUUGUGUUUCUACAAUUCAUUCCUCAAGUGUCUUGCGCGGAGCUAAGCGAUGUUGACAUCACUGCUAUAGCAGUUUCACUGGGACUAACCGUGUUUUUGGUGUCAUUUGUUGGCUUUUUUAUGUGGCGAGGAAGGAAUAGGCCACCAGUCAAUAACAUUGAGGGACACAGAAAUCCUGCUGUUGUUGGCGAUGAUACACUCGGACCGGGUGAAGUUCGUGGAAUUAGCAUGACUCAUCUCCAAUACAUCAGCAGCUCGUAAAAAAUCUGCCCCAGCAAGAUUGACAAAGACAUUUUGGAAAGCCUUCAACCGUGCAAUGGCAAUCAAUUGUAGCGGUUAUUUCGUCUUUUACAUGAUUCUGUACAAAAUAAAUUGUCAAGCAACUUUUAUCAGCACUUACAGCAUGGAUUACAAAAUUAAAUUUAAUAACAAAAUAGUUCAGAAAAAAAUCAGUUAGACUUUAAAAAGACUCUGGCUUUGAGUCAUACACCUUAUAUCGAUUUGCUCUUUAUUAUUGGUCGCUUGAAAAGUAUAUUUUCCGACAAAUAAUUUGGAAAAUUCGUAUUUAAACAAUUACAUUAUUAUGAAGUAAAAAAGGCCGGUUUGACUUUUGCCAUGCUGAGUGUCCUUUACAAAGCAAUUGUAGAUACUGUAUGUGCUUGUCUAUUCAUAGAAUUAGACGAUAACGUCCUAUUGAAUUCUGACCAGGUAAGACAAGUAUUAAAGUACCAUAAGGAAACUUUAAGCUUGAAGAGAGUGAUGACUUAACGUCAAGAUUGUAUCCGCAGGCGAACAAAGGCUGGUUUCCUGAAAUUCUUAACGGAACAAUCGGAGAGGCGGAAUUCUAUUCAAAGUGCAAAACGUCAACAGUGAACAGGCCCAAUCUCUCUCACAACUCUUAUUUUGAAUUUACGAAAAAGCUUCUCAAUUUGUUCCUCUUUCAAAAAGCAGUCGUCCUCUUUCAAACUCAACUUUCGCAAAUGCAACUUGACCUGAACAUGACAAUUAGGGAGAUCGGUUUGGGAACAUAAACCUUCCUCGUUUUAUUGCAUCGUCGACCAGAGUUUGUCCAAACCGAUGGAAACUACCGAGAGAACGCAGGUGCUAGGUGGCUGGGUGUCUGUGAUCGCCACUCAUAGUUGCCCUAAAAGAGUGAGUUAUUUCGUUGGCUUCCUUUACAUGAAUGUGGUUUUAAACAAGACCUUCUGAAAGGGUUUUCAGAUUGGUGAAGGUGUCUAAAUGAUAGCAUUUUUUUUCACUGCCGCGUGGAAACGUCAAAAAAGUCAAGAAAUAUCCUUAAGUCCAAGAACUCUCCUAAAGGGCUCGUGUGCAGUUUUUUCGCUUCAAAGUAUCGCUUAACAAAUUCAGAAGAGUUGAUACAGAUCUGACAGAUCAUUUCGUCCUGUUUAAUUUAAGGACUAAGGUGUAACUGGUUGACAGGGAAAAAAUUGGAGUAUCAUAUCGCCUUUGAAAGAAAUUAAACUCAAAUUUCGAGGGCCGGGCAGUUCAAAUAAUACCACAACAUCGGUUUUCUUAUAAAAUCGAAAAUUCAAGUUGAUUUAAUAGUUCUUCAUGAGUUCGGAACUUUGCGCAUGCAGUAAUCUGAUUUAUUAGCGAAGAUAGCGCCUUUUAGAUUUUGACUUAAUUGUUUUAAACAGUUCGAAAAGCAUAGACUACUGCUAUAAACUUUUCUUUUGGUCAGUGUGCUCUAGUAAAUUUAUUCAGUUUUCCAAUCCUAAUGGAUAUCCGGAUUAAAGGGACAUCGUUCUCCUGUGCAAAUGGAUGCGAAGAAACAUAAGAGCGGAUUUUAAAGCUUGCCAGUUUAAGUAAAAGUUUCAUUCUCUUUACAUGACGCUCUGUGACAGCCUCUGUCACCUGUAUUUAUUGAGCCCGCACAGCGAUAACCUUUCAAAGAUUUGGUCCACACUCCAGCGUACGGCAUUAGUUGAUUCGUCGACAUUUUAACGCCUGACAAACUUGCAUGACAGGCGGAUGGUCGUACUUCUCUAUAAAGCGACGGCUGUAAUGUGUUCCUUUCUCGAAAUUCAUUCGGCAUUUUUUUUUUACUUUAGUUGAUUAAAAAAGAGGGUUUACUCGUGACUUUUGUUUUAAAUUCAACUCAUUGAAAUGCAACGCCAAGCUACUUAGGCGUGAUAUUUAACUUGGGUAGUUAAGGAUAGAAUAAAUUAUAUUUUUCGCGAUCGUUUUCGCUCGUGAUCGCGUGUCGACACACGGUUUAGUUGCCAUCAUGCAAUGAGUAAUUUCUAACAAGAAGAAACUGUAAUCUUUCAGUUUGAUACAUCGGACUAAAGGAAACGAGGGAGUACUCAAGGAUAGAUGAUGUUUUGUGGCUUUACAACUUUUCGUCUCUCACUGGCUUUGUGUUGUUUGGCGCUGUUUCGAGUUGCGGUAUUUGCUUCAAACGAGCCAGAGGAAAAGACAUUCGAACCGGGAGAAAAUAUCACCCUUGUCUGUGGUAACGGAAACCUAUCCUCCUCCACUCUUUUAAGAUGGACAAAGGACGAUGAGACUCUGCUGAACACUACCUCACACAACAUAAGUUUAGUCCUUUCUAACCUCACUACAGAAGAUGCUGGCUUGUACAUUUGCAAAGCAAACAACUCAAAGGUAUUGAAGGAAAUUCAACUAGUCUCUUCAACAGGUGGUCAAGAAGAAACAGGACAGCCACCAGAGGAACAAGACGAGGGACUCAGUGAUGUUGACUACAUCGCUAUCGCUCUUGCACUUGGCUUGACAGUUAUUAUCAUUAUUUUUAUCGCGAUAUUCCUUGUUCUGGCAGUAAGACGCCGAGAGAAUGAAUAUCACAAAAAACGAUGGAGAGUUAAUGUCAAUGGAAAUGAAAACGCCGCCGUUGAAGAGGAUAACCCGAGAAAACCCGAUUAUCCAAGGAAUGAUUUCCAGGUAAGAAAGGCUCUCAGAGGACCCCACAAAUCAUCACGGCAGCACAACAGACCAGCGGAAUAUCACUGGCUGGAGACGUUAGGAAGGAACGAAGAGCCUGAUGGGAAUGCCAACGGACCAGGGCGACCUAUGUAUCAGUACACUGCGUACGUGUAAUGCCGACAGAAAAUGUGUAAUUUGAUCAGGAUAUAUUUUUGAAAAGAAAUCGAAACAGUUCAUAGUCCAUACGUGAGGCAUCGUGUAUUGUCCAUCAUUUAAAAAGGGUAUCCUUUGCAGACUGUUUCCGAUCAGCUUUGAAAAUCUUUUCAUGCUUUGAAUUCGCUUCCAUAGGGGCUUUGCUUGAGCUAGUAACAGUUUUUGAUCAGCGGAAUCAGUAUUUUAGAAGAAAGUUGAGGCUAAAAGUGGUACAUUGUUAAAAACAAGCUCUCUUCGUUUUAUCACUCAAGAUUUAUUUUGGAUCACUCUUUGACGACUGUGACGAUUUUGAAACAUACUGUUACAAACAAUUUAGACAUUCUGGGUCCCCUUUCACACUCCAGCCCGUAACCAAGCUACCGUGAGAGCCUUCCAGGCAGGGGGGGGGAUCUCUCCCCAGUUACUGCAGUUUUGUCAACCGGGUCGGUUCGUCUUCGCUGGCAUGUGAACAUCUCGACAUAUCGAGUUUUCACGGAAGUGGCUAAGUGAAAUCCCGGAAGUGAUGUCAGCUGGUUUCAUCGGACAUGGAUGUCCUUAAACGAACACAUACAUUGUCGGAAUAUCUUCAGAUCUGGAGAAAUAACCAUUAGUAUCACAAACUGGUCAAACAGCUUUGCAUCGUUUUUCGAUUUUCGCGUUAUUGGCUUCGUAAACGUUUUAGCUGUUCAGCGUAGAGAGUGUGCAAUGAGUAGGGAUCACAACAAAUCGUGUCAGUAAUCAAAAGACUUAAAAAGGACGAUAUGAAUCUUCGUUUAUGAUUUGAGCUUUCAUAGAAAAUGUUUUACUCCAAUUUGACUUGAUUCAAAACAAUCACUACAUAUUCAGUUUUACGUCAAACAUUACCUGAAAAGGCGUGUUUCCUCUGUAACGCGAACUCACUGACUAAAAUUAUGUUUUAAUAGCGUAGAUUGGUAGUGUUAAAAAUAUGUCAACUAAAGUCCUUAGACCCUUAACUAAAUUAAUCAAGGAAUUUCUAAUCAUCAAGAGACUUCUGUGUACUUUUAACAACCACAGCAUAACUUCCAAUAAAACAUUUCUUUGAA